GGCGGGGCGGCAGCCGCGGCAAGGACGGCAGUGCCGGCGCGGGCUGCGAGGAUGGAAGCGGCGGCCGCGGGUUGAGAAGGGGGCGGCCGGCACAGGCGCGACUCUCCGGCGAGGACAGCGGCGGGCUGGAAUCGAGCAAACGAGAGAGAUGGUUGAAAAACUUUUUAUUAUCUUGUGCGAAAAUGUGAAAAGACAUAAAUGCCCUUUUCUAAUACUCCGCAUAGCCUUCCUGGAGUAACAGGUACGGGAGAAUUUGCCUUUUUUCCAGGGGUGGGUUCUUUUUUUGAGAGAGAGAGACUCCUUUGCCUUUUUUUAAAAGCGGAGGGAGACUCCUUUGCCAUAGUAGUAAGCAGGAAAAUCGGCCUGGCCUAGUCUGCUUCUAUGGGCCUUCCAUAUCCCGGCCCAGUUGGCAGGGACACGUGUGCUUCUCAAAAUAUUUCCAGUUCCUAACGUCUCUCUUCUCCCCCUUUACCCGUGGUGGCUCCAACGGUCGAAUCAAAUCGUCCAAAUCACAGAAGGAGAGACAGAGAUGAGAAGGGGAACGGCGGCGGCCGCGGCGGCCAACGGCAAGAAGAGGAGGUCACGCAAGGCCGCCCCUCCUGCAGCAGCGGCGGCGGCCGUGGCCGGCGACGGUAAAGAUGGACCUGACAAAGCCGCCGCCGCCGGCGGGGGCGGGUUCUUCUGCUGCUACCUCCUCCGGUCCCUCUGCCCGCGCCGCAAGGGCCACACCUACAUCGGGUUCACGGUGAACCCGCGGCGGCGGAUCCGGCAGCACAACGGCGAGCUCCGCUGCGGUGCGUGGCGGACCAAGCGCGGCCGCCCCUGGGAAAUGGUGUUCUGCAUCCACGGCUUCCCCUCCAACGUGGCCGCCCUCCAGUUCGAAUGGGCAUGGCAGCACCCGACGGAGUCGCUCGCCGUCCGCAAGGCCGCAGCCGGCUUCAAGUCGCUUGGCGGCGUCGGCAACAAGGUCAAGCUCGCCUACACCAUGCUCAACCUCCCCUCAUGGGAGAACUUGAAUCUCACGGUGAACUUCUUCACCUCCACGAACACCAAGUUCACUGCCGGCUGCCCAGCGCUGCCGAGCCACAUGUCGACUGUUGUCUGCCCCAUGGAGGAUCUCCCGUGCUACGACGAGGGUUCCUCCGAGGAAGACAAGGAGCUUCCGGAGAAUCAAGACAUCGAUGAUGCUCCUGUUGGUGACAGUUCUUCUGGUCAUGGUUUGCGGCCAGUGGAACUAGAAACCACACUUGAUGCCUGUGAAUCAAACUCGCCAAUGGAAUGGAAAGGAGUUUGUGGAGCAGAAGAAAUUGUCGGAUCAAGAAUUUCAGAAUCCUCUGAACCGCAACCAGUGGAAGAAGAAAUCAGAAUUGCAGGCUGUGAUAUUGAAUACCACCCCAUUGAUGACUUCGGUUAUAUGGAAUGGAGGGGGAUGCACGAGACGUCAGAAUUGCAUAAAUCUGGAACAUCACCUCAAUGUUCCUGGAGAUCACGCCGCGAUGAUCUUAUAGAAAGAUCAGUAGAUUGUGUGUCAGCACAAGCGUCCCUUGUGCUGAAGUCGGGUUCAGAUGAUGGUAUCCAUUUCUUCCAUGACAUUGAUGUGGUAGACUUGGUUACACCAGUGAGCCGGUUAGCUAGAGAAUGCAGCAAAGUUGCCAGCAUUUGCCCCAAGAUCAUUGAUCUCACAAACUCCCCGAUUGUUAUUGAGUUGUAAUUUUUUUCUAGACUAAUCUUGUAUUAGCCAAAUGAUAGGCCUGUUGAGAGUGUACAAUAGCGAAAUGUAUAAAGAACUAUGUGUCGAGGCUUGUGAGACACCAUGUUCUUAACACAAAAUUGUUAUCCCAUUGUUUUAUUUGGAAUAUAAUGUAUUGGGGUUGUAGAGUAUCCA